GAGGAAGCGUGAAGUAUCGUGCAAAAGCUCUGCUGCCGAGACCCUCCCCGAGAGCCUGUGCACCAGCCUCCCCAGACCCGAAGCGCAGGAGGGAUGUGUGCUAGGACGAUGCCCCAAAAACACCCGGCUGCAGUGGGUCGCCUCGUCGUGGAGUGAGUGCUCUGCAACCUGUGGCUUGGGUGUGAGGAAGAGGGAGAUGAAAUGCAGUGAGAAGGCCUUCCAGGGAAAGCUGAUAACUUUCCCAGAGCGAAGAUGUCGCAACCUUAAGAAACCCAACCUGGACUUGGAAGAAACCUGCCACCGAAGGCCUUGUCCAGCCUACAACAUGGCAGCUGGAUGGUAUUCAUCGCCAUGGCAACAGUGCACGGUUACCUGCGGGGGAGGCGUGCAGAUGCGCUCGGUCCACUGUGUGCAGCACGGCCGGCCUUCCUCCAGCUGCCUGCUCCGGCAGAAACCUCCGGUGCUGCGAGCCUGUAACACAAACUUCUGUCCAGCUCCUGAAAAGAGAGAGGAUCCCUCCUGUGUGGAUUUCUUUGCCUGGUGCCACCUGGUUCCUCAGCAUGGUGUGUGCAACCACAAGUUUUAUGGUAAACAGUGCUGCAAAUCCUGCACAAGGAAGAUCUGAGCUUGGUGUCCACACCUCAGAACCCUAGAGCCAGGGUCUUACCUUUCAGCCUCCGGAGAGACCAGCCACCUUUGAGAUCAGAUGCUGAGCAUGUGCAGUGGUUUAAGAGCCAGCUCUGAGGAACAUACAGGUUGUCACCAGGCUCCUAUUUCAAUUCCCCAAAGCACAUGGUACUCUGAAGCACUUGAAAAUAGGAAGCGAUGACAAAUCUGACAAAAAAAAAAUCUUUGAUUUGCACUGUUAUACAAAAGGAGUUGAUGAAUCAUACUGAGAUAUGUCAACUUUGGUUUUCAACUUCAAAGGGUUUGAUGGCAAAGACAUCUGGUUUACAAAAGUCCCUUAAGACAGACCUGGAGCAGUCCAAUGUGGAUGGAACACCUUGCCUAACUGUGGCCUGGAGUCAGUUCACAGUUUUCAUACACACUGUGAACACCCAAACCAGGAGAAGCCAAAUGGUGCUCACAAGUUUGCUUGCU